AUGGACAGGUCGCCUCUAGAGAAAAUAGAAGGGCUUGCACUCCGGAUACUAAGCAAUUUAGAUAUAGUGGGUUUGUCUAAAGAAUGGGCAGCUGCUGUCCGCAUAUUGUGUGUCUUGCACCGGAUCAGAUGCAUAGAAUGGCAGCAGUAUGGACCGUUUGCCGUAUGUAACCAGGGAAGUUUUACCUUUCGUGACCUUUUUUACCUCAGCAAAUCUGACGAGGUCCUUAAUCCUCUUGGUGCAGGGACAAGCGCUGCUUAUGCUUCUUCCCCAUUUCGGGAGAAACUCUCAGUUCGAAGCACCCGCCGCGGCCUGAUGCUGCUCGAAAAAGUCUUUCAAGAACCAGAGUUGCGGUACCAGCUGGGUGCGCUUCCUAUGCCGAAGGGCAUUCUAUGGGCGCCGUCAGGAUUCGUUUUACAAUGGAGCCCAAACAGGGAUGUCCACCAUGAACUCGAACUCAGUAGCGUCGUUCCGGUGCCGCCAGAACUUGGUAGAGCGAGUACAACCUUUCGCUUACGGCUCCACGAAGCGCACUUUGGGAACCCGAAUUUUGGAGCAAAGCUCCGAGCAGUGUUGGUCGUGGAGAAGGAAACAACUUUUCGAGCACUGCUGAGGGGCAUCCAUGAUCCCCCUGGUAAGUUUCUUCGCUACGCGCAGCUAAAUAGAGUAGCAAUGAUUAGCGGCAAGGGUUACCCAGACCGGGCCACAAAGGUGCUCGUGCGGUAUCUCGCAAAGACGGAGGGAAUUCCGGUUUUCCUGUUGACCGAUUGUGAUCCGAACGGUAUCGCGAUUGCGCUCCAGUACGAUGGUGCAACAGAACGCAUCGGCGUUCCUCUUCAUGGCCCCGAAAACGCUGGCUUUGCAGCACUUCGUCUACUUGUUGAUCAUGACCACAGUCUGUUGAAACAGCUCCAACGUCGAAUCACUUGCAUGGACGGCAUUGGAGCCAGCCUGCAGCCGCCACUAGCAUGGAUGGCUGCGACGGGAUACAAAAGCGAAAUCGAAAGUUUGAGCAAUCCCGACCUCACUGAAUUCGUCAUCCGUGCACUCAAGCAAAGACUCAAAGUGUACUCUGUGCACAAAUGA